UAAUGAUUGGAGCAAUAAAUUCUGUUAGAAAUUUUUUAAAAAAUAGUCUUAAAUCUGAUGGAUUGCAAGAAAGAAAUAAUCAGUUUAUAACUAUGGAUGGGAUGGAAAGUUACUGCAUUAUAAAUUAAUGGUUAUUUAAAGGUGCAAAAUUUAGUGCAAAGACUAAAGAAGAUGGAACUAUUAUAUAUUUAUAGGAUGGUUGCAUUCUCUAUUAGUAACUUUUUCAAUUAUUAUUAAUAGAGAUAUAAAUAAUACUCUAUAAAACACUAGAAAUUUAGAAUAAGUUAAACAUUUAAGAUGGCAUGGAUCAUAUGUUUACCAAAGAAAAGUUGGAAAAUGGUAUGCUUCAUGGAAAGGUUAAAUUUUAAAAGUUGGAGGAUUUUAUAAUGAUGAAGGUUUAAAAACUGGUGAAUGGAUAGAAUUUUUUGAAAAUUUUUGGGAGUAGAUAACUAAAAAAAAUUAUUUUAGCAAAUCAUAAGUGACUUAUGUUGGAGAAUAUAAAAAAGGUAUAAAAUAGGGAAAAUGGAGCACAUACUAAUUUGCUUAAAAAUAAAAAUAAUUAACUUUUAUGUAAGAAGUUGAAAUUGUUAUCAAUAAGUGGAGAAGGUUAUUUUGAUUAAUUUGGAAUUAAAUAAGGGUUUUGGUUUGAUUUGGAUAGAAACUUUUAUGAGUAAAAUAAUUUAAUUAUAUCAAAGUGGGAGACAACUUAUUUAUAGAGGAGAAUAUUAGUAUGGUUUAAAAUAAGGGCGGUGGGAUAUCUAUUUCUAAAGCUUCUUUGAUAAUCGUUUUAAAAUUAUGUAAAACUUUUAAAUUGAUUUUAGAGGAGGAGGCAAAUACGACAGAAAUGGUAAUAAAAAUGGAAAAUGGGUUGAAGAAGGAGAAAAUUUUUGGAAGUAAAUAUGGAUGUAAUUUUAGUGGAUUUUAGAUUUUAGAAAAAGGUGAAUACAGAAAUGGGAUAAAAAUUGGUUUAUGGGAAUCUUUUCAAAAGGGAUAUUAGGACGAUAAAUAUAAAUUAUUGUAAAAUAAUUUUGUAUAAUUUAUAGUGGAUUAGGAUGUUAUGAUAAAUUGAGCAGAAAGAAUGGUAAAUGGAUAGAAUAUCAUGAAAAAUUUUCAAGGUAUACAUUUACACUAAAUUAUUCAUUCGUACUAUUAUCCAUGUUAAAUAAUUUACAUUGGAAAUUACCAAGAGGGUUUAAAAAUUGGAAUAUGGGAAAUUAUAAAUUGUGAUAUUUU